ACCACCAAAGCAUCCAUCACAACUCAUUUCAGUUUCUUCCAUCCUUACCAACUCUGCAAUUUGAAGACAAUAAAGAUGAAGAAACCUCAAGACAAUAUCGUGCUGUGGCAACUGCUGCUGCUUCUCCCUUUUUCGCUGGAAGCAUUUACUCUGGGUAGCAGCGCCCCUGCAGUAUCCCGUCCUUCUACGCCACUCUUUCGACAAUCCGACAGCAAAUGGGACCACUUGGACGAUGAAGACGGCGAAAACGACCUACGUGCUCGACCCGACAUGAAGUACGUCCCUCGCAAUGUGCAACGUCAACAUCAGAACUUUGUGGCCAUUCGAGAUGCCGGUGGAAAGGAGAUGACCCACGACGUGUACGUUCCCGAACCCGAUUCCGAUACGUUUUGGUUUGUCGGUAAAGUGGCUCGGAUCAGUGAUGUCACGGUAGAACAAGCAGUCGCACGACAAUGGCCCCUGAUUGUACAGCAUGCCGCCAAUCUACGUCCCAUUGAACUAUACCCCAGUCGGGCUCGUUUGGAACUGUGGGUGGCACCGGGCGAUUCGGAAUUGGAUGUGGCAUACAAUCGACCCGAUAUUGUCUUUACCAAAAUGGAACGAGAGGGUGUCGAAGGGGCUCAAGCGCUCAAAUCUUCCAUGAUUGGCUUUCAGGGAGAAGUUUACACGGAAGGACAAGGUAUGGGAUUUCGUACCAUGAGAACGCGCGAGGGUCUACCAGUCAAUCCGGAAAUUCAAAGUCCGGAAGCACCAGGUGUCAAUAGUGAACUCACAGAGGAGCUAUAUAGUGACCCCAAAUUCAGAGCUCCAUCCGCAGAGGAGCUAGAGUUAUUGCAGAAUCAGCUCAAAGACAAGAACAUGGACAUUAGUGAUCUGUAUGAGGAACAGCAAAGGAGAGAAGCAGAGUAAAAAGACGACUUUAAAUUAGCUAAAUAGAGUUUGGGUUCAUCCCCAUAAAGCAAACAUCUGAAGUGAUAAAUCGGGGGCAAUUAACUCUUCUAGACCACUCUUGCUUUGACCGAAAGAAAACGACCAGCAGUCCUUUGGAAAAUGAAAACAAUACGAUCUAGUUAGCAAUGUUGAACAUGGCCUUAUCUUUACAUACCGCUAGCUAGCUAGUUAGCCAGACUAUGGU